AUGAUUGAGUGUCCGGAUGUCAGCAUUCUACUCGGCUCGAGGAUCGUGUUCGAGUGCGACUUCUCCCAAAACGAGGACGUAAAGAGUCAAUGGAACAAUACAGAGUGGACAAGAACAGAGGUCGAUUAUCCACCUAGUAAUGUGAACAAGUCGGACAUGUUGUGCAACAAACUUGACACUGGUUUCGUCAUGCGAUGCGAGUCCGAUUACGUCACAAGGGCCACGUGCUCAAAUAAUGGGAAGAUAACUCUGACACUGAAAACCAUGACAGGAUUUGUAACGUAUUCCACGUCGUUCGCGAUGAGUUUGCAAGAGUGGAGUAUCAGAGCGUCAACGCCGAUUGCCAAUAACGCGUCUGGAUCCGUUGUGGUAAGAUGUAGCGUAAGCGGGGUUUGCAAGUCAUACAAGAUGCAUAUCUACGCGUAUGAGACCGAUACCAAGAAAACAAGAAUUGACGGACCUCAGUUCAACUGUGAAAGCACUUUCAAUGAUACUAACGGACAUAGGAUCGCCUGUAAGGACGAAAUAAAGGGCGACGACAUUCGUAAAGGCAAAAAAAAGGUCACGUGCGCCUUGACGGAUGUUAUAAAUGAAUCAAUAGAACAGGAGACGGAGAUUCAGUUUCCCAUAUGUUGCGAAAAGAAAGUUCAGUCAGAAUUUAACUGCGAAGCAGUCUGCAGGAACUGUACCGGCCAAUGUCCUUACUGCAACGAAGACAUCUGGUGUCGAACGGGCACAGGUACAUUUAUCACGGACAAGGAUUCAUCGUUCGAAAUUUGCGAGACCAUCAACACUAUAAAGUGUGCACCUAACGCAGGUUGAACAAACUGCACUUUACACAAAAGUGUAAACUGUUGUUUUUCUGAAUGAACCAGCAUUAAAUUACAUUGCUCACGUUUGUACCUUUGCUUUCGUUAUUUAAACUUUGAACAUUUUGUCUUUUUUGUUAAUAAAAAAUAAAAAAAGAAUUAUGAAAUAUACACAAUCACAUAUGUUUUUUAAUGCAUUAUUUGCUAAGCUGUUAUCUUAUAAUACGAGUGAUUUACAUUGCGUCUCUACUAACCAUUAAUUAUUUAUGUUCAAGCUAUUGGCAUGUCCAUAUUUGAUUUUAACUGUGAUACAUGUCUUGUGAAAAUGUAUGUUUUAUCAUUGGAGCUUGAUGCAUACAUGUUUAUACACUAUUUUGGUUUAAAUAAUGCGUUUCGACUCAACCUUUGAAAUCAUUGACUGAAAACGAUUGCAUCGUUUUAUUUUAUGUUUGUCUGAGUUAGCUACAAGGGCAGUUUUUGAGCACGCAACUGCACACGAGACAUCAUAAUAUUUCAACAAUUAAUGUACUGACGCGAUGUUUAUUUGUUAUAAUUAUAGACUACAAUGUUUCCAGCUUGAAUGUUGUUUGAAAUUUUUAUAUUGAGCAAGGAUAGUAUUCGCUGUCAAUUAUCAUCGCAAUUGUUAAUAUUUAUUUGUACUAACAUAUACAAAUAACGUUCAAUUACCUAAUUUAAAAAUCGGUAGGUCGAGAAAAAGCAAUCAUGUAUGCAAGUUUUAGUAAGUGUUACUCAUAACAGUUUAUAAAGGAUAACAAUACAUACAUAUAAAAUUUUAUGCUUAUCUAUAAUUUAAAGAUUUUAUCUAUAACAUCAGUAAUGCAAACAUCUGAAGGGUGAAGGCGGGCGCGACAUUUGUCGUAUUUUGUAAGUCAGUAACGCUUAUAAGCAUAUUUAGAUAAUUUAAAACAACAACAUAUAUUUCACAAAAAUCACGUGUUAAAACCAAUUGCAUUAUUCAUGUCCAACCAACAUGUGCAAUACUUUUGAUUGUAUCAUUCUUAACUUAUGUACAUGAUCUGUUGUGUUUUUUAUACGGUGAAAGUUAUUGAUCACAUUGAGGCCAUACGAAGUGUGUUUUUCCUUUAGACAGUGACUUGUUGGUGUUUGAAAACGAAUCCAAAAAUGUUUAUGUCAACAUUUAUUUUGUCGAAAUAAAUAAAUAUUAAAGUGAUAUAUUUACACAAAAUUAAUUUACGAUCUCUUUGAAAAAUAAACCAAUCGUUGUUUCUUAUUUAAUAAAAUUCCUAACGAAUUUUUUUACGCAGAAAGGCACAUGUUAACUUGUAUUAGCUGCACAAAUAUAUGCAUCAAAACGUCGUAUGAAUCAAACUUAACAGAUCAGU